AUUGCAACAAUUGUAGGCACGGCGGAACCCCAUUCAUUUGACGCUCUUGUCUCCAAAGCUAGAAAUGUUGAAAGACAAAUAGGCCGACAAAAGAAUGUGCCUCAAAAAUCUCGAAUGACUAAAGAUAAGAAGUUUGAUAAUAAGAAGCAAACAAAGAAAGAUGAGGCCAUGCCUACAUUUGUCAAUGUCAAUAAGAAGAUAGAAAAUGGAAAAGGAAAUGAAAUCCCUAAAAAUGGGAAAGAAACUUCCAAAAAUCCCUUAUUCAAAUAA